AUGGCUUCUGCGGGAGCUCCUGCUGCCACUGGAGACUCGAUCGAGCUUCCCAUCGUGGACAACGACCAGAACUUCAUCAUCCGGGAGUGUAGCAACGCGAUUGCAAAGCUCAUCGUUCUUUCCAAGAGGCAGCAAGCGCCUACCGAUGAGGUUCGCCGAGUGAUCCUCUUCUUCAACUGGCUGGAGACCCGGACUUGGGGACCGUAUCACGUUACGGCAGAUAUCAAGAAAAAGCUCAUCAAUAGUCUUGCCGCCAUCAACAACAAUAACCGUCCUGAAGGCCUGCGAUACUUCACACCCGAGAUUCGGACUCGAGCCGAGGCUCUCCAUACACGCUGGACAGCCACCAACCUCGAAGACGAGAUCGUUGCCACUGGUUCCGACGACGACGGCGAUGAUGGCAGCGGCACUGAGGUUAUCGUAGCCUCUUCGACCAGGAAGCAUUCCUCUACGGCUCUCAACACCGAAACCCUGCGUCUGCCCCAUCGCGCCCAUCCCAUCUUUGGUCGAAAUGGCAUCAUGCAUGGCCUCUUCAUUACUGGUUCAAAGCGUAAGACAUACGGAAUCAACCCUAUCUACAAGAACGAACAGCGCGACUCCUCCCAAAUCGGCGACAACGGGCUCACCGCCGGCGACUGGUGGCCUCUUCAGUCGGCGGCCGUCUUCAACGGCGCUCACGGCUCGUGGUCUGGCGGUAUUGCGGGCAAAAAGGAGGGCGGCGCCGUCUCGAUCGUCACCUCGGGCUACUACGAAGACCUUGACCGAGACGACGGGGACACUCUUUUUUACUCGGGCUCGGGAAGCCACGACAAUACGAACCCCACCGUCAUCAAAGAUACCAGCGGAACCCAGCUGAUGCGUACGGCCCAGAACAAGGGUAAUCACAUUCGCGUACUGAGGUCGUCCUCGAGCGGUGGUGGUUCGUGGUGCCCCUCCAUCGGCAUUCGCUACGAUGGCCUGUACGGUAUUGUUGGCAGACGGACUCUCAAGAACAGGCUGGGCGGGGUGUACGAACAGUUUGAACUCCAUCGCCUGCCCGGGCAGCAAGCUCUCAACAGCAUUCAGCGUCGAAUUCCGACAGGCCAACAGAAGCGUCUGUAUGAGGAGAUGAAGAACGGUUACUAG